AUGUUUUUACUUUAUUCACUUCUUUUUAUAAGUUGUGUGUCUAUAUCUAUCUAUCUAUCUAUCUAUCUAUCUAUCUAUCUAUCUAUAUAUAUAUAUAUAUAUAUGUUAGUUGUUGUACCACCCACCCACCCUCUCUUUUUCUCUUCUUCUCUUUCUCCUCUGUCUUAUCUCCUCUUUCCUCUCUCUUUCUCUCUCUUCUUUGCCUUAUCCAAUCUUUUCUUCUCUCUCUCUCUUUCAACCACUCACUCCUUCUUUUCUCCCUUCUUUUCUCCCUGUUUUUCCCCUGUUUUUUCCCUAUUUUUUCCACUUUUUUGCCCUGUUUUCUCCCUAUUCUCCCCACUUUUCUCUUUGCCACUUCUUCUUCUCUCUCUUCCCCUUCUUCUUAUUCUCUCUCCCUUUUCCUCCUCUUAUUCUCUCUCUCCCUUUUCCUCCUCUUAUUCUCUCUCUCUCUUUUCCUCCUCUUAUUCUCUCUCUCUCUUUUCCUCCUCUUAUUCUCUCUCUCUCCUCCUCUUAUUCUCUUAUUCUCUCUCUUAUUCUCUCUUUUCCUCCCCUCUUAUUCUCUCUCUCUCUCUUUUUCCUCCUCUUAUUCUCUCUCUCUCUCUUUUCCUCCUCUUAUUCUCUCUCUCUCUCUUUUCCUCCUCUUAUUCUCUCUCUCUCUCUUUUCCUCCUCUUAUUCUCUGUCUCUCUCUCUUUUCCUCCUCUUAUUCUCUGUCUCUCUCUCUUUUCCUCCUCUUAUUCUCUGUCUCUCUCUCUUUUCCUCCUCUUAUUCUCUGUCUCUUUUCCAUGCUUCUUUUUUCUCUAUUCCCUCUAUUCUCUUUCUCUUCUCCUCCUCUCCCCUUCCUCUCAUAA